CACCGCGCCGCGUGCCGGGGCCGCGCGGCCCAGACCCCCAGCGGGGCGCGCCGUCGGCGCCCUCCGGACGCUUCGCCCUGCGCCCUCUCCAGGAACCUGUGCCCGGCUCCUGGACUGCACGUGACCCUGUCCCCGGCCACCAGCGGACCCCAUGGCCGUCCCAAGGGCUGAGGUAGGAGCAGCCUGAGGACCCCUAGACGGUGCCCCUUCACGCCCCUCCGGGCUGCGCGGCAGCGUCUCCGGGGAGCUAUGCGGAGGCCGGGAGGUGCUGAGCACGCCGCGCAGCUCGCCCCUCGGCGCGCCCGCGCCCCCGUCCCCGCGGCCCCCGACGUCUCCCCGGCUUCGGCCCGCCUGCGUAUCGCCUGUCUGCUGCUGCUGCUGCUGCCUCUGCCGGCCCGCGUGGACACGUCCUGGUGGUACAUCGGGGCACUAGGGGCCCGAGUGAUCUGUGACAAUAUUCCUGGUUUGGUGAGCCGGCAGCGGCAGCUGUGCCAGCGGUACCCAGAUAUCAUGCGCUCAGUGGGGGAAGGCGCUCGAGAAUGGAUCCGAGAGUGUCAGCACCAGUUCCGCCAUCACCGCUGGAACUGCACCACGCUGGACCGGGACCACACUGUCUUUGGCCGUGUUAUGCUCAGAAGUAGCCGGGAGGCAGCAUUUGUAUAUGCCAUUUCAUCAGCAGGGGUGGUCCACGCUAUCACUCGUGCCUGCAGUCAGGGUGAACUGAGUGUAUGCAGCUGUGACCCCUACACUCGUGGGCGACACCAUGACCAACGUGGGGACUUUGACUGGGGUGGAUGCAGUGACAACAUCCACUAUGGUAUCCGCUUUGCCAAGGCUUUUGUGGAUGCCAAGGAGAAGAGGCUUAAGGAUGCCCGGGCCCUCAUGAACUUACAUAACAACCGCUGUGGCCGUACGGUCAGUACUCAUGUCUGUGCUGUACGGCGAUUUCUGAAGCUGGAGUGUAAGUGUCACGGCGUGAGUGGCUCCUGUACUCUACGUACCUGCUGGCGUGCACUUUCAGACUUCCGCCGCACAGGAGAUUACCUGCGGCGGCGCUAUGAUGGGGCUGUGCAGGUAACAGCCACCCAAGAUGGUGCCAACUUCACAGCAGCCCGCCAAGGCUAUCGUCGUGCCACCCGUACUGAUCUUGUCUACUUUGAUAACUCCCCAGACUACUGUGUCCUGGACAAGGCUGCAGGUUCCCUAGGCACUGCAGGCCGCGUCUGUAGCAAGACAUCUAAAGGAACAGAUGGAUGUGAAAUCAUGUGCUGCGGCCGAGGGUAUGAUACAACGCGGGUCACUCGUGUCACCCAGUGUGAGUGCAAAUUCCACUGGUGCUGUGCAGUGCGGUGCAAGGAGUGCAGAAACACUGUGGAUGUUCACACCUGCAAGGCCCCCAAGAAGGCAGAGUGGCUGGACCAGACCUGAAGCUACAGAUACCUCACUCAUCCCUCCACUUCAAGCCUUGCAACUCAAAAGCACAAGAACCUUGCAUGCACACCUUCCUCCACCCUCAACCCUGGGCUGCUACAGCUUCUAUUUAAAGACUUGGAGAGUAAUCCAAAGGGACCAUAGUGUCCUAGCUGGGUCCUUAGCCCUGGGAAGGAGUUGAUAGGGAAUAUAAGAAACUGAGUGGCUCCUUGGUUUCCCUCUGCAGAUCUGAAGGCAGAGCAGAAGAGGUGUAGGGGGUCUUCAGAGAAAUCUGAGUUGCACUAAAGUACCAUUUUUCAAGGUCAGGACUCAUUUUUCCUUUCUUUGCACUGGCUUCCCAAUACUUGGGUGUGCAAGAGAAAGGAUCCCUCGAGUCAGCUUCAUUUUAAUCCUGCCUUGGCUGAGGAUAGACAGACAGAGAUGAAACUGCAUGUCUCUUUUCUGGAGACAGAGGAGAUACCAAAAGGUGAAUUAUAACACUGUACUAUGGAGAGACUGAGAUUGCUAGACAAGAGUUCAGCUGUUUAUAAACUGCUGUUUUAGAGGAGGAAAAUCAUAUAACUGUACAAACACACAUUCUCUGUUCUUCAUGUAUCAGGUAGCACUCUCUUUUGCUCACUUGCUGCCUGCUCAAACUGAGGUGGCAUACAGUAGGCUCCCAUGCCUAACAAAUAGUGAUGACAGCUUGGAACAGUGUUAGGAGAGAAUAACUUAGGAAGUCUGUGAGUAGGUCUAGGGAUUUUUCCCCAUUCAUUAUUCUGAAGGUUAGCUAUGUUUGGGAAUCAAAGUAAAAAUACUAAUUCAUAAAAGGGGAGAGGUAAACAGGCUGACCUUAAGAGCCACAAGAGGCCAGUGUACACUAGGAAUGUAGGGUUCUCUGGUUUUGGUAAUAUUUUUUUGUUUUGAGAUGGGGUCUUGUGUUGCCCAGACUGGCCUCAAACUUGUGAUUGUCCUCCCUUAGCAUCCUGAGUAGCUGGCAGGACAAGAGUGUGCCACUGCAUCUGGUUUGGCUUUGGUAACUCUUAGGAGAGGACCCUAACCUUUGAAACUAGGAGUGGGGGCCAGUGUCUACGUAAAGAAAGAGAGCUGGGGCUUGGAGCCACAGUGGUAAUAACUUAGAAGGUCCUCCCACUUAUUCGGCAGAUCUUUAGUGACUCUUCAAGUCCUGGUGAUUGUUCCUGUUCACAUUUGGAACAGAGGAAGAUCCUUUCUAUGCCACUACAUUACGUAACAAGGUGUGAAGUAGUAGAGUCUCUAGAGAUAGCAGACUCAUUAGUAUACUGGAGGAUACGACAUGCAAGUCCAAAAACCUUGAUGUCCUCAUUUACCUAUGUGUGUUGACAGUGGUUCUCUCUUGCCUGUUGAUAUUUUAAAACAGCAGAGUGAUGUAGAAAUUUGCAGUUAAUAACAGACCUGCAUUGAAAUCACAGCUGUGUCACUUGUUUUUAUUUUUAGCAAGACAAUUAACUUUUCCAAGCCUCCAUUUUCUCACCUGUAAAAUGUAUGCAUCUCAGGUACAGAGACUUAAUUAUGUUCCAAACUCCAGCCAACAGAUAGGUACUUUUUACCAAAGCUCCUAUCUAGUCAAGUCCAUGGUAACUUCUCUAAGAACUUCAGUUUAGAACUGUAUGAUCAUGACAACAGGUUUUAGGUUAAAGAAUAUACACAAGUUCUAGAUACAGGCUCCCAUUUCCUUUCCCAGAGUCCUCUCCAGCAUCCCUUAGGGUCCUCAAAUAUUUGUGGAGGAACUUCAUUCUUCACAGGCAGCAGAAGGUUGGAAGAACCACAGCUUUGGGCCGCGGAGGCAGAUUUAUUUGGAUGAUAAGACUAAUAUUUGUGUAACCUGCUGAGACCCGUGUGGGGGAGUUUAGGGUGGUUUUUCUUUUGGUGAGGGGAUCUGCUCCAAUUUUAAAUCCAUUAACACAAAACAUGAGCUAAUCAGAGCCCUUGUGGUCUGUGGUGAGGGGAUGCCUGUGGAGAAAUGAGACUGAGUGAGUCAGGCCAAGAGAAUGUCUUCCUUGCGGGGGGGUGGGGGGGGGUCAAUUGGAAAACUAGUCAGCCAUUGCUGAGACUGGAGUAGGGGGAAAGAGAGUGGGUAAAGAAGAGCCUCUGAUAGCUUGGGCUGGGAUUAAGGGAAGGAAAGAUUUGGGGGUAGUGGGGAGAAAAGUGGGUCAUGGUGAGUCUGAACUCAAGAAUAGUAUACAAAUACUGCCUUGUAUACCCAGCUGCUGGGAAGAACCUCCAGUCCCAGCCAACUCCUGUUCUCCUAAAAACAACCAGGUUGCUGUAUCAGUGAUGGUAUCGGCCUUCCUGGAGAAGCCAACCUGAGCUCAAUCUACCUGUGUACCCUAAUGUCUUUUUAUUUGUGGCUCUCACCCUGUGGAAGGAAGUGGAUGGGUCUCUCUCAGCAUUUCAUAGUCUGCACUUUCUCCCUGAACUUAAUAUUUAGUUUAUAAAGACACAAGUUUUGCAACUUCCUAUAAAUGAUUAAGAAGAGCAAACUGUCCACACAGAAAUUGGAAAAAUGAGGUAGAUAAGCAAGAGAAACGGGAUCAUUUUGAGCCUCACUGCUGAACCUGGGUGGCCCCAAGAAGGAAAGAUGGCUAAGCAAUUAAUUUUUCCUCUUAGUCCUUAGCUUGCCUCUGCAUUCCGAUUGGCUUUAGACAACUGGCGUUCAUCCUGCAUUAUACAAACAAAAACUAAUUUAUUUGGAACAAGUCACAAAACUAAGAACAUUGUUUGGUGCGGUCAAGGCUCCAUUUAAAUCUGUUGCUUCUCCAUUCUGCUUCUAAGCACCCUCUCUCCAUUCUCCACUUGAUAGAUAUCUGUUCUUCCCAUCAGCUGUGUCUUAGCUUCUCUCCUCUCUCUUACUCCUUAUUGGUCCUCAUUUCUUUAACUUCUGAUAUUUAGGUAUAAUAGAUUGCAGCAAAUACUACUUGGAUGCAAAGUUAACUUAAAAGAUACUACAUAUGCCUUUUAGUGAAGCCACAUGAGUAGAGUAGUUCAACAGUGUGGCUCAGCCUAUGGUUUUUCUUAAGAAUGGCAGCCCUGGAGCUGGGGAGAGAGCUCAGCAGUCUAAGCACGUGCCUGGAAAGCACCAGGACCUGAGUUCAAUCCCUGAUACUGCAUGCCAUGCUGACGCCCAUCCAGAAGGAGUGCCAAUCCCAACACUGGGGAGGCUGAGACAGGAGGAUCACCAUGAGUCUGAACUGCGAAGUGAGACCCUGUAUCUAU